CUUCAGUCGACGCGCAGCACUCAGCACGAACAAACGUUUGACGCGUAUCUGCGAGAUACGGAUACGAGUACGACGAGUACAUAUAUUCGUUCUAUUUUGUAAAGCUACAAAAUGCAUAGAGCCCACACAGCCUUCAGCCUGGCCUUGUCGCCGAUGGCGCACAAGAACUUCGCCACAUGGCUGCUCAAGAGCAGCAGCAGUCAGCAGAUGGCCAAGGUAACUGCAGCGGCCGCUGUGCGCACCUACAACUCCGCAGCUGCCGAACCUUUUGCCAACGGCAGCACCGCCUCCUACGUGGAGGAGAUGUACAACGCCUGGCUUCGGGAUCCCACUUCCGUGCACACCUCCUGGGACGCGUACUUCCGCAGCAACAGCUACGUUAGCCCGCCCAACUUGGCGCCCGUGCAGGCCAACACUCUGCCGCUGACCGCCUUCAACUUUGGAGGAGCCGUCGCCGGCGCUGCGCCCGACUCCAAGACCAUUGACGACCAUCUGGCCGUCCAGGCCAUCAUCAGGAGCUACCAGAUUCGAGGACAUAAUAUUGCUCACCUCGAUCCACUUGAAAUUAAUACACCAGAAUUGCCUGGCAACUCCUCGACGAAAUCCAUUUACGCUAAUUUCAGUUUUGAACCAAGCGAGCAGGACAUGGAUCGCCAGUUCAAGCUGCCCAGCACUACCUUCAUCGGAGGCGAUGAGGCUUCGUUGCCCCUAAAGGAAAUCCUGAACCGCCUGGAGAAUGUCUACUGUAAUAAGAUUGGCGUGGAGUUCAUGUUCAUCAACUCUCUGGAGCAAUGCAACUGGAUCCGCAAGCGUUUUGAGACCCCCGGCGUCCUUAACUUCUCGCCCGAGGAGAAGCGUCUGAUCCUGGCCCGUUUGACCCGUGCCACCGGCUUUGAGGCUUUCCUGGCCAAGAAGUACUCUUCUGAGAAACGUUUCGGUCUGGAGGGUUGCGAGAUCAUGAUCCCAGCCCUGAAGGAGAUCAUCGACGUAUCAACGGAGUUGGGAGUGGAGUCGGUCAUCAUGGGCAUGCCCCAUCGUGGACGUCUUAACACCUUGGCCAAUGUAUGCCGCAAGCCCUUGAACCAGAUCUUCACCCAGUUCGCUGGACUGGAGGCUGCUGAUGAUGGCUCUGGUGAUGUCAAGUACCAUCUCGGUACAUACAUCGAGCGAUUGAACCGCGUUACAAACAAGAACAUCCGCCUGGCUGUCGUGGCCAACCCGUCCCAUCUGGAGGCUGUGGAUCCCGUGGUGCAGGGCAAGACCCGUGCCGAGCAGUUCUACCGUGGCGACCAGGAGGGCAAGAAGGUUAUGUCCAUUUUGAUCCACGGUGAUGCCGCCUUCUGCGGACAGGGCGUCGUCUAUGAAACUAUGCAUCUUUCGGACCUGCCCGACUACACCACCCACGGAACUAUCCAUGUGGUGGCCAACAACCAGAUCGGUUUCACCACCGAUCCCCGUUUCUCGAGGUCCUCUCCCUACUGUACGGAUGUGGCUCGUGUCGUCAAUGCUCCUAUUUUCCACGUCAACGCUGACGAUCCAGAGGCCGUGAUGCAUGUGUGCAAGGUGGCUGCUGAGUGGCGUGCUACUUUCCACAAGGAUUGUGUUAUUGAUUUGGUCGGAUACCGCCGCAAUGGACACAACGAGAUCGACGAGCCCAUGUUCACGCAACCCUUGAUGUACCAGAAGAUCCGCAAGCACAAGAACUGUCUCGACCUGUAUGCCGACAAACUGAUCGCCGAGGGCACUGUCACCGCCGAGGAGGUUAAGUCGGUUGCCGCUAAAUACGAGAACAUUUGCGAGGAGGCAUUCGCUCUGGCCAAGACCGAGACCCACGUCAAGUACAAGGACUGGCUCGACUCGCCCUGGUCCGGCUUUUUCGAGGGCAAAGACCCAUUGAAGGUAGCGCCCACUGGAGUGAAGGAGGAGACCCUCAUCCACAUCGGCAACCGCUUCUCGUCGCCACCACCGAACGCUGCUGAAUUCGUGAUUCACAAGGGUCUAUUGCGAGUGUUGGCCGCUCGCAAGGCAAUGGUGGACGAAAAGGUCGCUGAUUGGGCUUUGGGAGAGGCCAUGGCCUUCGGCUCUCUGCUGAAGGAGGGAAUCCAUGUGCGCCUUUCGGGACAGGAUGUCGAGCGUGGUACCUUCUCGCAUCGCCACCAUGUGCUGCACCACCAGCUGGUCGACAAGGCCACUUACAACUCGCUGCAGCACAUGUACCCAGAUCAGGCGCCCUACUCCGUCUCCAACAGCUCGCUGUCGGAGUACGCAGUGCUUGGUUUCGAGCACGGUUACUCGAUGACCAAUCCCAAUGCCCUGGUGCUGUGGGAGGCUCAGUUCGGAGACUUCAGCAACACGGCCCAGUCGAUCAUCGAUCAGUUCAUCUCCAGCGGUCAGUCAAAGUGGGUGCGCCAAUCGGGUCUGGUAAUGCUCCUGCCCCACGGCAUGGAAGGCAUGGGCCCCGAGCACUCCUCGUGCCGCGUGGAGCGCUUCCUGCAAAUGAGCAGUGACGAUCCCGACUACUUCCCACCAGAGUCCGAUGAGUUCGGAGUGCGACAGCUGCACGACAUUAACUGGAUCGUGGCAAACUGCUCGACGCCCGCCAACUACUACCACAUCCUGCGCCGACAGAUCGCAUUGCCUUUCCGCAAGCCCCUGAUUCUGUGCACGCCCAAAUCGCUGCUGCGUCACCCCGAGGCUAAGAGUCCUUUCAGCGAGAUGAGCGAGGGCAGCGAGUUCCAGCGCAUCAUCCCCGACAACGGUCCCGCCGGCCAGAAUCCCAGCAAUGUGAAGAAGGUCGUCUUCUGCUCGGGCCGCGUCUACUACGAUUUGACCAAGACACGUAGGGAAAAGCAGCUGGAGGGCGAAAUCGCCAUUGUGCGCGUGGAGCAGAUCUCUCCCUUCCCCUUCGAUCUGGUCAAGGAGCAGGCCAACCUGUACAAGAAUGCCGAACUCGUGUGGGCCCAAGAGGAGCACAAGAACCAGGGCAGCUGGACCUAUGUGCAACCUCGUUUCCUCACCGCCUUGAACCACAGCCGCGACGUCAGCUACGUCGGACGCGCCUGCGGAGCCUCCACCGCCACCGGAUCCAAGGCCCAGCACAUCCGUGAGCUGAAUGCGCUGCUCAACGACGCGAUUUCGACCUAAGGAGAUGGGUCUUGAUGAAGAUGAGAUUGGGAUGAAGAUGGAGAUGGAGACGAUGAAUAUUAAUUACGAUUAUAUUUUGUAUUGAAACGUAUGCAGACUCUUUGAUACGAUUUUUUGCUGACGAAAUUGUUAAGAGCAUUGUGUGAAAGUAAUGAAAUGUUAAAUAUUAGUUUAGUGAAAUUACAAGAGCUAACGGCAACCAAGUAACAAAUAACACGAAAUGUUAAGUGUUUAGUAAAGAAUCAAACAAAACGAAAAAGAACUACAACCACUCACAGCAAGUCUUUAAUACAAACUAAAGAGCCAAGAUCUAGUAAAUAGCCAACUAACCUAUGCGCAUACAUUUGAAGUGAUGAGAACUCGCAUAGGAGGAGGAUAUCACUAUACUUUCGGAAUGAAUAAAACCCUUUAUAAUCUUAUUUCUUAUUCCUAUGUUUAAUAUUUAUUUUAUUGUAAUAUAUAUAACUAAACUAUCUCAAGCCACGCGAAGUUUUGACACCCUUUAUCGAUCGCAGGCCAAGAAAUCAUUAGUGUUUUUGUUUGCCUAAGUUACACAUUUUUGUUUAAAUAAAUGAACAAGUAUAAUACUUAACAAUGACAAACCAAACAGAGCUGUGCUUAAGUUCAUCACCGAUCGAGGAGCCACUAUCAGGGAUAUAGUUCGCGUUUUAUAUACUCCCCAGUAAAUUGGACUGGAAGCUUUGAUUACGAUUCUCAACAACAGCUUGUGUUUCAAACCAAGCAAAGCGUGUUUUAAUUUUUUUGGAUACCCUUUAUGGAGCGCAUCAAAAUGCAGCCAAAAUGCUUUAAUUGUUUUUGAUCCACGGACGGAGUCCAAUCAGGACCCUCUUAAAAAUAUUUACAAAACAAAAUAUAUAUACUUAAAAACUAAUAUUGCACUUGUCUCGCACCAAUAUAAGAUAUUGAACUGUAGAGUGAUAACGCUAAACUUUUCCAAGAAAAACAAAAUGAACAUAACUAUUUUAUAAAAAGAGAGAACUUAAGAGAGAGCAUGUGUGUGCGACAUUGUCGAAAAUUUAACUUCAUCUCUAAAUUUUAGUGUUACUACAACAAAAUAUAAAUCACAAAUUUGCACCAAGUAAGUAAGUAGAAUGUUAAAAUCAAAUAUUACACAAGGCAAAAUGAGUUGUCAACAGCCCUGAUAGGAAACGAUUUUUGCAAAUAAUAUGAAAUGUGGGGAUAACACGAUUAAAAAUGAAAUAUACAAUUUACUAUUUAAUGC